GACGCAAUUCCUUAUUAUAUAUCCGUUUUAAAUUCCUUCCUAGCUUAAUUGUUGUGUACUAAACAUUUGAUUAGAGCACCUCAAUUUCGCAUCGAUUAGCUCCAAAUUCAAGGCUAGGUAUCGAUAACGAAAAUGGUGGUUGUUAACAGCCAAUGGGAAACUGAAGAAGAUUACAAUACUAAUAAUGAUGUAGAAGAUCAUGGCUGCAGGUACCCAAACAGAGAAUGUGCCGACAGUGAUGAGGACGAUGAUGAUGAGAGCGAGAGCGACGACGAUGAUGAGAGCGAGGGGGGUGAUGAUGAUAAUACUGACCAAGAUGACCAUGACGAUGACGUACAGGAAGAAGGAUUUCCAGACCUCCCAGGGUUUCGUCGAGCUCAACCCGAGGAUUUCGAUGAUCAGGAUGACGGUGUUCCAGAAGGAGGUCUUGACCCAGAUGCCGAUGACCCUGAGCCAGAAGAAGAAGACGUGGACGACGCUCCCGAAGGAGAUAGCGAUUCAGAGGAUGACGACGAUUGAAUAAGCCUUGAAUGUCACUUUAAACCCAAGUCAUCAUCUGGAUCGCUAAUUUAUUUUGAUUGUCUUUCUUAACUUUUCGUAAUUUAAUUAUUACAUCAUACGGUCUUUUUCUGUUCUUUCCAUCUCAUCCUUCUUGUUUCUCACUCGCUACUCAUGCAUGCUGUUUAAUUUCCUAAUUCACUUUAAUUCUCCGCGGGUUUUGAUGUUAAAUUUCUAAUAUUUUCUGAUUUCAUGUUUUCCCUUCCAAUUCGUAAACCUGUCAGACUCCGUAUAUAGUUUCUUACUAUAUUACUAUAUAUGUUGAAUGUCGGAAAGUAUUUCAUUUAUGUGCUCUUGGACCAUUUAUACAAGUAUAAUUUAAUA